AUGGCGGAGCGGCGCUGGCUGCUGGCGCUGCUGCUGCUGCUGCUGCUGCUCUGCCUCGCCCUGGCCGCCGCCGCGGGGCCGGUGCCGGAUGGGACGGGUCCGGAGCAGGGCCGCAUCCGAACCCUGGUGCGGCCGCGGGGUGCGCGGCGCGGGGCCGGGCAGCGGGCGGGCGGGUGGCGGAGGCUCCGCCGGCCCCGGCCCCGGCUGUCCCACAAGGGCCCCAUGCCCUUCUGA